AUCGUGCAGGGCUUGUUUAAAACUGAAGGCAGGCCAGCUCCGCUGGAAGCGCGAGCCAUUCUUCAGGCAUCUUUCUAGAGGAGGCGUUGGCUUGGUUUAUGCCACUUCCGCUUCCUUUCGUUUCUCCUUUUCUGCCAUUCUCGACAUCGACUAGAAAUAAGCCAUGGCGCAGCGUUUAACCCUCCGACGGCGCCUGUCAUACAACACCAACUCGAACCGCCGGAGAAUCUCCAAGACUCCCGGCGGCAAGUUGGUGUACCUCUACCUGAAGAAGCCAGGCAGCGUGCCGAAGUGUGGUGAUUGCAAGCUGAGGCUUCGUGGCAUCACGCCUGCAAGGCCAAGGGAGCUGUCCGCACUUAGCAAGCGUCACAAGACUGUCACAAGGACCUAUGGUGGCUCGCGCUGCGGAAAGUGUGUGAGGAAUAGGAUCAUCAGGGCUUUCCUCAUCGAAGAACAGAAGAUUGUGGCCAAGGUGCUUAAAGCAAAGCAGUCCGAGGAGCCAAAGAAGGCAUCAAAGAAGUGAAGUGUCAUGACAGAGAGAAAUGCAUAAAAGAUUUGUAAACUGUC